AUGACUCCCAAUUGUAUCCGAACUUUUGUUACCGAAGGUGGAGAUAUCCUCGUAACCACAUGUUUUGGAGUCAGGUACAAAGCUCCAGGUAUAGACUGGAGAGUUCGUUUCCCCGCAAAAGCAAUCUUAGCCACACCAACCAUGGUAAGAUCAAUAGCCAAGCGCGGUCGGGAGGAAGAUGUGCCGCCUGCUCGGAAGUCUCGAAAAUGA